AUGCUAAGCGUGCCCCACAGGGCGCAAGACGAUAAAUUUGUGUCUAGCAUCGAAGGCUACAAGGGCAACGUGCACAAGUUGGGCCGGCUUCUUGCCCACGACCGGUUCACCGUCACCUUCGAAGACGUCAGCAAGGAGCGGUACCUGUUCCUCUUCAAGGCGCGGAUCCUGAUCUGCAAGGUGCGGAGGAUAUCCGAGGACAGGUCGAUCUUUCAGCUCAAGGAUACCGUGAGGUUGACACAAAUUCAGGUCAAGGACCAUCCAGAAGAGACCUACACUUUCGAAUUGGUCGAUAAGGUCGGGAAACAAUCUCUGAUUUUGAAACUUCACAGAAACGUCAAGGACUUUUGGCUGAAAGAAAUAAGAGAAUUUGCCAAAGAUCACAGUGAAGUUGAAGAUGCUAGUACCGAAGAAUUCCAGAAAGAAUCGUUUUCACUAGACCGCACCGAAGAAAAGCCAAACGAUCCAGAGAAGAAACAAGACUUCGCUCCAGAGAAACGUCCGCAAGCUCCAGAAAAAUUGUCGCAAUUAGUUAAAGUUCCUCAACCAAUAGAACCUUCAGUACCAAAAAAGGAACACUCCGAAGCAAGUCAUCCUCUUGAACCACCCAAAACUCCUGGCAAGUCAUUAGAGCAAACAAAGCUCGUACAAGAAUUGAAAUUGGUACUGAAAGAACAAUCUAGUUCUUCAGAAAGCACCCUAGUUGCAGAAGCUGCGCCCACAGUCGAUUUCACAACCACCACAACUACCGACUUACCUCCUUCAGAAAGCGAGACUUUGAAACAAGUGCAAACCCCUGAAUCAGAAGGAACAGUUGAAGACCACCACCUGAGGAAGAUAGAAGCAGUUGAGCCUCUAGUCCAGAUCAACAAACCACGUGUUCUAGAAGAAGUUAUUCCCUAUAUCAUCAAACCUCCGCCUGAGCUAGUGCCUGGCACUGCUAUCGAUAAAUUAUUCAGUGUUGAGAAGCAGGGGGUCAGUGACAUUGUUUUGACUGAUUUCAAGGUUGGUAUCGAAGUUAAUGUGGAAAUUGGAGACGAAAUGAGUCGGAGAUAUGCUUCUAGUCGGUCAGAAGGUGGACACGAUUCGUCUGCUUAUUCCCGAUCUUCCUCCAGAUAUGCAACUGGAACUACCUCAAAGUACACCACCGAAUCCUCACUAGCAGGAUCAAAAUACGACGACUUAUCCUCCAAAUACAGCAAGAGAUCUUAUGGCACCGAGGGUGCAGAUUCAUCAGCUCUGACAUCGAGUUACACAUCCAGAAGAGGCGUGUCUUCCGCUGAUGAUGACUUUAGCUACAGCAGGCAGUCGAGAGUGGGCUCUAGCGAUGCAGAUCUAGAUACCUACAGUUACUCCAAGAGAAUCAACAAACCUUCUGAUGGAGAAGGUGAAGGAUACAGCUGCUAUUCCAAGAAGUCCUCGAGAUCUAUCACAAGAACUGAAGGAGUGGGAGAUGGAGAUGACUUCAGCUACACCAGACGUGGCAUGAAAUCUACCAUAGAAGGAAUGGGUGAUAAUGACCAGUUCACUGUCAGGAAAUCGUUAAGGACCUCUGUUGAAGGUUCAGGCAUAGAGCCUUCAGAAACCAACGAUGCUUAUUCCUACACAUCCAAGAGAACUGGCUCAGAAUUGGGUUCCAGGCAUUCAAUCAGAUCGGUUUCCAUAGAGGAACCCAAAGAUGACUCCGACGACGUAUUGUCGAGGAUUUCCAGGAAAUAUUCUAGGAAUAACUCGACCGAGCCUAAGGCUAUAGGAGAAGAGGAGGAAGAUAAGUAUGCUAAGUAUACGAGGAAAUAUUCGAGAACAGAUUCUCACAAAGAUGAAGAUGAAAGUAGGUACUCUAGGAGAUCUUUCAGAGGCAACUCUCGGGGUACAGAUGAUGAGGAAACUGUGCGCUCUGGAAGGAUUUCUAGGGACAAGAGUUAUGAUGAAGAGGAUGCAUAUGAGAAAUAUGCUAGGAAAUAUCUGAGGAAAGAAUCGACGUCUACAGAAGGAAAAGAUCAGUCGCUUGAUGUCGAAUCCAAACGGUAUUUGAGGUCAGACUCUUCCAAAUCUAGAUCGAGGAAUUCAGACGAUGAAUCAUCUUCGGUCAAAAUAACCAGACAGGUAGAAACAGCCGAACAAUCUGCUACAUCGGAGAAAACCUCAUCAAAAACAUACAUCUCAGAAUCUCACUCGCAAGAAUCUGAAGAAAUAGCAUCAGCUUCGGUACAGUCGAAUAUUGCACAGGAAUCACUGAGACAAGCUUCUGAUGCACAAACUAGACGGGAAGAAGUGUCCCAGAAGAAAGAGAUGAACGGUAAAAUAGAAGAAGUGAGAACAGAAAAAGAAGAAGGACUGUCCAUCAAUCUCAGAAGCGUCAGAGAAAAGUCUGCUGAAGACAAGUUGGAGGAAAUGGAAGGCGAUGGUUCACUCAAGUUUAUCAAAACCAUUCGUGGUACUAGCAUCGAACUGACUACGGAGGAACGAACAGCUAGAGCCAGCACAGAUAGACCAGAAUUCAUGGUGUCUAUGAAAGAUGCUGAACUCUUGGAAGAUACAUAUCUUCGUUUCAUGGUGAAAAUUGUUGGAGAACCCAACCCUGAAGUCGCAUUCUUCAAAGAUGGAACGAAAAUUCUGGAAUCCAAUACACGUUACCAGAUCAUCAGAGAACAUUCUGACAAGGGAUUCUACGAACUGGUUAUACCCGAAGUUAAGAAAACGGAUGCUGGCAUCUACAAAUGUGUGGCGACAAACAAAUUUGGAGAAGCUUCUUCAGAAGCUUCUGUAACUGUUACAGAAAAUAAACAUGUAUUCGAAGAUAUGCCUGAAGGAGAGAUACUUCCUGCUGGAGAGAAACCAGUUUUCCAUUGGAAGAAAGAUGGAACUCCGUUCGAACCAGAAGAACGCUUCAAGGUCCUUAUGGGAGACGAUGAGGAUUCUUUAGCAUUAGUAUUCCAGAAGGUCCGGCCUGAUGACGUUGGCCUCUACACCUGCGUAGCGCAGACGUCACGUGGCCAUAUCAGCUGCAGUGCAGAGCUUACGGUGCACGGCACCGUCAACCAGCUGUUCAGGGAGCCCGAGAAGCCCUCCUUGGUGGUGGUCAAACGCGACCCCGUCGUCAAUGUGGGAGGGUCUGCCAUGCUGGAGCUGCAGGUCAAGGGCUACCCGAAGCCCAAUAUCAAGUUCAUGCACGAAGGAAAGACCAUUGAGGCCAGCAAGAAGCACAAGAUCCUGUAUGAAGACGAAGAAAGUGUUUCGCUCGUCAUCAAAGACGUCGAAUCUUCAGAUGCCGGCAAAUAUACUUUCACUGCUGAGAAUGAGCUGGGAUCAGACUCUGUCGACAUGCAUCUGACUGUGAAA